AUGUCCGAGCCAGCAGCUAUGCAAAUAUGCAACCGCGCUCGCGCGGCUGUGUGUUCCAGAGAGAAGCAAGUCUUCCUCUCCUCCCUCCGCUGCUUUUUCUCACGCGCGAGCUGCGCUCGCGGUCCGAUCAGCUGCUUUACUUCUUCGCGAUCGUCGCCUGCCUCUGCUCUGUCCUUUGCCAACCGCAACAAUCGUCACGGAAAAACUCCUGGUUUCGCUCCUCUCCACUUUUUCUGUCAAGACGUCUUCCGCUGCAUGCGCCUUCUCUCGCCGCCUCGGCCGUCCGUCCUCUCCCCUGGCACAUCUGCGCCUGCUCGGAUCGCGGCUUCUCUGUCCGCGCUCGAGAGCAGAGAGCGACUGAAAUUUCAGAAGCUCUUUCUUCUUCCCUUCGCAUCUUUCCUUCGCAUCUUUCCUUCGAAGCACCGCAACCUCUCCAGCUUCUCCCGGUCUCCAGUGUCUGCGUACGCAUCGAUACAUUGCCAGCUGCUCACCUUCCACUUUCUUCUCCGCGUUUCCUUUCCCCGCCUCUCGAUUCUCCUUUCUGUCUUCUCGCAUCACCGUACCACGGCUCCGUCUUCUCCCAGUGUUCCUUUUCUCUCUUUCUUCUCCCAGUGUUUCUUUUCUCUCUUUCUUCUCCCUGGUCUUCUUCUUGGUCUGCCCCCUUCGUUUCUUCGUUCUCGAGUCUGUGCGCGUCUCCUGGUGCCAAACGCGCCGGAGCCUGUCUUGUUCUCUUCGAGGUUCUCUGCUUGGUUUCCGGAAGACGACUGCGCCUCUCGCAGAGGAGACUGUUGUCUCCGGGAACUCUCUCGUCUCCCCGAGGUCUUUGUCGUCCAUCGCUGCGCGCUCGCGACGCUCGAUCUCUCUCCAACACCGAGAUGCCUCUACAGAACUACACAUGGAAGACCGGCAGCGGUCGCAGUGUCGCUGAUGGGACCUGCACCGGAUCAGGGCAGCGUCCCUGAUAACUCGUCCGAGUCUGCGUCUUCCUCUUCUCCGCCUUCCUCUUCUUCGUCUACUUUGCCUUCCUCUUCUCCAUCCUUUUCGUCUACUUUGCCUUUGUCUUUUUCGUCUUCAACUUUGUCUGCGUCGUCUGUUCCUCCCUUCUCGUCCUCGUCUGUCUUGUCUUCGGCGGCGCUUGCAGCGUCUGCCCCUCUCUUGUCUUUUUCGUUGCAUGCGUCGUUGUCCUCUUCUUUGUCUUCUCCGCUCUUGUCACCUGCGUCGACCUUGGCUUCACCGACUGGCGACAAAGACCAAGUGUCAUCUGCACGACCGCACAUUGCUUCUCAGCUUUUUUCUCUGUUGUCGCUUUCUUCUCUCUUGUCGCUUUCUUUCCUUUCUCACAAAACGCCGCGCCUCCCCCUCAGCGGGCAACAGCCUGCGUCGUCAGCUUCUCCGCCUGCUUCGCCUGCCUCUCGUUCGUCUUCUCUGUCUCCGUCCGAGUCGUCUCGCUCGCGUCAUCCCCGUUCGCUUUCGUCUCCGCUGUCUUCGUCGUCAGUUGCUGGGUCUUCCUUUCCCCGUGGAGCGAGAGCAGAGUGGAAGCGAGAAGACGCAUGCGGUUUGGAGAGCGAGCAACGUCCAGCGGAUAUGUCUGGCUGCUCGUCUCCGUCGUUCUGUGCAUGCGAGGACGAGGAUGAGACCGGCCGCGCGCUUACCAUUUCGGCAGAGGCUUCGGCGGCGACAGACAGCUCGCUUCCACGCUUCGUGGAGAGGAGGCCUGAGUCUGCGGCUCCCCUGCCUGGCGCCUCGCCUUUCGUCAGCUCCUCGGCGCUGUCAGAAAGCCUUCCGGAACCAUCGCAUGCGUCGGAGAUGGAGGCCGAGGGAAGCGGCAGAGAAGAGGCAAAGGACGAACUGAAGCGACGAGAAGAAGAAGACGAACUCGACGUCGUCAUGGGAGAGGAGACCUUCGAGGACAGCGAGAAAAGAGUCUCGGCAACAAAAGAAGAGUGGAGCCCAGACAGGAAUGGUGGUUGCACUUUGCCUCCGUAUCUUGGGUCGAGUCAGGAUCCGGGGAACGACGCGUCUCGACCUUCGUCUUCUCUCGGCUCGGAUGUUGUCUUGGCCUCACAGGCUCAGCAAGCUCCUUCGAGAGCUUCUCCCUUCUCUUCUCAGUUCGCUUGCUUUGAGCCUUCAUCUCCGUUGUCCUCCUCACUCUUCACAUCGCACUCUCGACCUUCUCAAGGUCCCCCCAGUCUCCAUGUCUCCGCCGUUUCUCCUGAUACCUGCUCUUCUUCGUCUUCUUCUUCCUCUUCUUCUUCGUCUUCUUCUUCCUCUUCUUCGUCUGCAUCCCCUUCUUCCUCCUCCGCCUCUGCUUCCUCUUCCUCUUGUUUCUCUUCGUCUUCUCUUUCGUCCUUUCCUGCGUCCGUUGCUCCUUCCACGACUUCUUCGUCUUCCUGCUGGCCUUUGGCCGGACCGCAGUCGGGCAGCGAAGGCGUCAACGAGGCUCUGAAGGCCUCAGAGACUUCCCUGCUGCCGCCAGGCUUCGCAUCCGACCCCAGAGGCGAAGGAGAGGUGCAGAGAGGGGGAGAGCGUGAGGGACGGGGAGAAGCGGAGGAGGCACUGGAGAAUGCAGCCGAGACGAUGGCUGCUGGAGCUCUCGAGUCGCUCUCUGCUGAAUCGGGAACGGAAGAUGGCGAAGAAGCGAAGGAAUCCAAAAACCUUGAGACGGUCUGUCUGAUGGAGAACGACGAGCCUCUCCCGCGCACCACCUGCGAAGAGCGAACGUCGUCUCUGAAGGGUGAGUGCUUCGUCUCGCUGGCUCUACCACGAGAAGGCCGCGACUCAAACGUUGCAGACGCGAGAGAACUUGCUCUCUUCACCGCGUCCACGGCUUCCCCGACACCGGAGGAGCGAGAAGAAGGCGGGAUGCGCGGCGCAGUGUCUCCUCGCAGCGGUGCGCCUCAGGAGACGCUUUCGGGGACGUCGGCAGGCGACAAGAACUCGCGCGGUUCGCGCCAGUCGGAGGCGUGGAGCAGCAAGAGGUGGAACGAAGGCAGACCUUGCCGAGACGAGGAAGGCGCUGCAGACACCAGCGAGGAAGAGCGUCGCCAGAGACAGGAAGACGACGAGACAGAGUUGCUGAAGUACCACAGCGAUGUCCCGAAGGAUGUACUGUUGGGGCGUCGCAGCAAGGUCGCGACGAAUUACCUGCAUUUGAAAGUCCUCGUUUAUCUCCACUUCCUCGUCUACUUAGAUCGCGGAUUUGCGCGACCGAGCUCGGAGGAGAACCGCGAGGAGGAAGACUUCUCUCCGCCGCACCCGAGCCUUUCCCCCGACGCUCCCUUCCUCUUCGACCUCGCAGAUCCGAUGCGGCCGUCCUUCUCGACAGUCUCCCUUCUCGACCUCUUCAACUCCAUGCUCGCGCGUUACGGCGCAGCCGCCGUGGAGAGUGUGUUUGCCUUUUUGAGUUGCGACGCGGAGUUUCUUCACUACGUUCGGUUCCACUUCCUUCGAGACUGUCUGGACGUCGAAGGAAGCGUCCUCGUCGACAAGGGUACCGUGAGCGAGGAGAGCAGCGCGAGCGAAGAAGAAGGACGUCGACGCAGCGAGAAGCGACGCCGCUCUUCCUCGGCUUGUGGGGAUCGCGAAGGCGACCGUGAAACGAGUUCGUUCGGUCGGUCUUCUCUGUCGUCUGACGAAGACGCCAGUCGAUCCACAGCCGCGUCCUUCGCGUCCUUUCCACCUAUUCUGUCGCCUCUGUUUCCUGCGCGAGUGUCUACGCACCCAGGGCGCAGACGGCGCAGAGCUCGCUGCGCCUGUUCCCUCCACGAGUCAGAGCCGUUCCGGUCUUGCUGCUGUUUCCUCGACGCGAACGUUGCGUCUCCAUCUCGGCGCCCUCGCGGGGGCUGCGAUGCCGAAUCGCCUUCGAGGAAGAAGGACGGAGCAGACGCGUUCUUCGACUGCAGACGCGCGAACUUCCCUCCACCUCUCCCGGCUGCGUUUCGCCGAUACGUUCCGCCGCAGUGCUUGCCGCCUCUUGCCUCACCCCCAGGAAAAACGAGACGGCGGCGCCCUCCGAUCGCCGUCAGUUUCUCCACGAGAGACGUCCUUCGACGCUCGUACACCGUCUACGACUUCAUCGUCACGGCUUUUUCCGAGGGCCUUCCUGCGUACUUCCGAAACGAUUGUCCUCUCUCGUGUGUCUCUUCGUCGUCCUUCCACGACUGGUGCUACCGGCGCCCAAGGCCUUCCCUCACGCCUGCUCUCCUCCCCACCUUCUUCCCAAGUCCCCUCUCUCCCCACAAGGAGACAGACGGCUUCCGCGAGAAGACGGACGGCUUCCGCGAGAAGACGGACGGCUUCCGCGAGGAGACAGGCACGUACCUCGCGCGGCAAACGUCUUUCGAGGGAGGGUGCAUGGUCAACGUGAUGCUUCCUGGAGAGACUCCGGCGUCGAUCCUCUUUUGCCAUCUUCUGGACGCCUUUGCAGGCAUUGCCGCAGCUGCGCUCUGUCGAGGCCUGCAUCCUGCUUCGGCGUCUCCAACGACGAACGUCUACCACGUUGUGAAGGUUCUGGAGCUUCUGCUCUUCUCGCGGUCGGGGUCGCUGGAUCGCCUGCCUCCACACAUCACUUGCGACGUUCCCCCGCGAUGGAGAAACCUCUUGGUCUUCGACGCGAAGGCGACACACGGCAGAGAGGUGACAGCAGAAGAGACGACGAAGAGAGGGAGGGAAAAGAAAAAGAAGGAAACGAGCGAGAAGGAGAAGGAAGGACAGACCGAGUUUGAGAGAGGCAGCGGGAGAGCAGAGCCGGAGGGGAUUGGUGGGGAAGCAGAGGCGGAGGGGAUUGAUGGGGAAGCAGAGGCGGAGGGGAUUGAUGGGGAAGCAGAGACGGAGGGGAUUGAUGGGGAAGCAGACGCUGCAGGCAUGGGAGGCGGUCGAGGAGGCGAGGAAGAAAUCGACGAGGACAUGGACCGAGAGGUCGAGUUCGACCGAGAGGGAGGGGAGGUGAGGAGCGAAGAGAAGAAGGAACCAACGUCGGAGGCUAACAGGGAGACAGCGCAUGCAGUGCCGGAGACCUCCGAAGAGGAGGCAGACGAGACGAGCAAUCCCCCGCUGUCGGAAAAGAGACACACACUCUCAGGCGAAGAUGCCUUCGAGGGAGAGCAAGAAGAAGAAAAAGAAGAAGGCGACGAGGCGCCUCGCCUCUCCCUCCCUCUCGUCAUGGCCCAUCUUCUCUUCACUGUUCAUCACCCAGCUAGCCAGGAACUCCUUCUUCGACUUCUUGGGAGCAACAGCGCCAGCGGCAGUUCCAUUUCGGCGCCCUGUUUCCAAGUGCUCCUCUCUUCACUCGAAUGGCCGAGCUUGUUGUCGACGUCUCUGCGGGAGUCUUCGUGGCGCAUGCGUGUGGACGCACUGCUGCAUGCAGAGGACCUCAUUUGCAUGCAAGAGACCUGGGCAAGGCGCAAGCGAAGCGGGGGACGACCUCGCUUGCGCUCUGGGAGGAAGUGGACUCCCGCGUUCGAGCCUUCUUUUCUCCGACUCCAGUCCUCGCCUCUUCUCCGCGCUUCGCCUACCACGACGUCCUUGCCCUGCCUCUCACCGUCUCGCGGAAAAAGGAGUUGCGAAGAGCGAAACAGAGACGAAAAAGAAACCAACCGUCCACCUGCUUUUCUCCCCUCUUCCUCUCUCUCUGCGUCUUCGUCUUCCUUCUUGUCUGCUUGUUCUGCUUCGUUUUCUUCUUCUGAUUCGUUUUCUUCUUCUCUCUCUUCCUCUGCUCUCUCUUCUUCUUCUGCUUUCUCUUCUUCGUCUGCUGUCUCUUCUUCGUCUGCCGUCUCUUCUUCUGGCGGUUCGUGUGGGCGGCGGGCAGCUUCGGAGGCGGGGCCUUGCACUUGUGUCUCUUCGUUUUCUUCUUUUCGAGCGAGAGGAGUCAGAGGGUGUUGUCGCCGAUGUGGACUUUACUUCGACGGCGUCUCUGCGUUCGCACAUCGGACUGCGACAGGCGCGAGCGUCAGAUCUCGCGACGCGCGCCGAGAGGCCGAGCACUCGAGAAAUCCAUCGAGGAGACACCGGUGUGGUUCGGGCCGUCGAAAGGGAGCCUUUGAAGAGCAAAAAGAUCGUCUUUCGCGACUGCGUCUCUCUCCGGCAGACGCCCCUGUCGACGCUGCAUGCACUCCGGAGAGUGUCUCGCUCGAGGGCCGCGCCGGGUGUCUAGACGCUGGAGACGAAGCGCCUUCUCCGCGUCUGCGCGAAACCGCGUCUCCCCUCUUUCCCGCGGCAUGCGGCGACGCAAAAAGGCUCUCGAGCCGACUGCGAACCUGCACGUCCAAAGAGGCAUCAACUGACGCGUCAAAGUCUCAGCUGGAAGGCUGCGGGAGCGAGGACGAGAAGGACGAGAAGGAAGAAAGCCGAGUGGACGACAGGGCAUGCAGGCAUCGUCGAGGAGGCGCGCUGCAUGCCUCAACUCCGUUGUUGGGGUGGCGCCUCUACCGCUGUGAGUCUCGAGCUUGGCGCAGACGCCUUCUCUCGCUUCUCGCGUUCGCGGGGAGGGAGGCCAAAGCGAUGAAGACUCUCUCGGAGAACAGGCGUACGCUGUCUGCCUCGCGUCGCGGUUCUCACAGACACUCGUUCAGCGACGCUCCAGAACGGCAUGCAGAGCGAGAUGAGAGCGAGACGCGCGAGGGGAAAGGCGAACCGCGUCUGUGCGGAGAAGCGGACCUGCUCACAGCGGCUUCUCUCCACUUUCCGGAAUGGCUCUGGGGGGACGACGCGCACCGCGAGCGCAGCGAGGCAGCCAAGGCCUUCGCGCCUCUCGGCGCCCAUCCAGGUUUCUCGGAGCCGCGGGGACAAAGACGCGGGAAACGCGGCGGCAGCGCUGGCCGUCGAAACACAGAAGGCAGCACCAGUCGAGGCACCGACGACGGCGGAGGGAGACGAGCUGGAGUCCCGAGGAAGCUGCACCGUCGCCUGACUCCAGGACCUUUGCACAGAGCUGAGCGCGAGGAUUCCGCGACGCAUGGAACGCCCUGCAGCAUGUCGCUCUCUGGCGAAGGGUCUGUGCUGCGCCACCCGCUUGGAGGGCCUCCUCUCCCUCCUGCAUCAUAUCCUUUGUCUCCGCGGUCCUCGUUGUCUUCCUCGCUUUCGUCUCUGCCCACAGAGACAGUUUCAGGAGAGGCUCAAGAGCCUACGGAGUCUUGGAGCGAGCUCGGGAGUGGUGUGCGUUCCUCCUCCGCGUCGAUUUCUUGCGACAUCGACGUCUCUGCGGAGGGCACCGCGGCGGAAAGACUCGAUUCGCCUCUCUCGUCCAAAACACCCGACCCUCUGUUCUCCUCCGUCGUGUCACUCUCCUUGUCAGAGGUAUCCUGUCACCCAUCAAGCCUCCCCCAGGCUUCUUCAGCUUUUUCCUUUGCUUCGUCCUCUGUUCCGUCCUGUGCUUCCCGGCCGGAUUCCUGUUGUUCUUCUUUUUCUGGGUCGCCGUCUUCUUCUGUUCGUCAAGAGUCGAGUUCGGCGUCUCUCCGUGUGCCUCCGUCGGCGGCUGGUGGGGACCGUUUUCCUCCGGCUCUCGCUCCGUCCUCGACCUUCCCGGCUGGCCCUCUCCCGCGCCACCCUGACCGAAAGACGCAUGCAAAGAUCCACGUUCUGCAGUCCUCCCGGUGUCAGUACAGACAGCGCGCACACUCGCUCGCAGCGCUCGCGGCUCGGGGCUUCUUCCUCUUUGGAGCUCUCUGUGUGACGCCUGAGCAGGUCCAGCACAGGCGCGCGACUCACUGGCGACAUGCGCAGUUCCCCUUCUUGUUUUUGUCAGACGACGAGGGCAGAUGCGGCGCAGGAAGCCGCGGGGAGUCCGAGGAGGACGCGGCGUCCAGUGGAGGAGAGGAAGAAGCCGGUGAAGGCCUGCAGCAGGGAGGACGCGGACGAGGGGGAGGAGAGAGAAAGGGAGACGGAGAGAGAAGCGAGGAGGGAGGCGCGAAUACAGAGGUGGUGGAGACGGCCGAGGCUGGAGCGUCUGUCCCUGUCCACGACGAGAAGCGGGAUGCCAAGCUGCCGCUCCACUUUCGACUGUGGCGCGCGUUCUGUGCGAGAAAGACGCUGGAAACGAAGAGGCGCGAACGCCUGCGGAGAGACGCGGAGACUCGCCGCAAAACCGACGAAGAGCAGGGACGGAGACGCUCGUGGAAAAAGUCCAAACGCGAAGAGAGAAACGCCAGCGACGGAGGCGGUCACAUCGCAAAGUCGCGCAGACACGCGAAGUCUUCGGCACAACGCGUUCCCCAAGACAAUGCGAGAAGAGACGCCAGCGAUGACUGCGGCGAAGAAGAAGAAGAGCGACGAAGGCUGACGCGGUCUGCGAGUGCGACGCCCUCAGACUCAGAGGUCUCAGGUCUCUCGGGAGUUGUGGGCGUCGCUGCACAUGCAACGCAAGCCAUCCCGCCGCAUCCGCUCGUCUUCCUCGGACUCCACGAAGGCCUCGAUGUUCUCCUGCAACGCAUCUUGGAGGGAAGCUACAAACAUCCGAACUGCCGGCCGCCGGGAUGUGUGGGGAUUCAUGCCUAUACACCAGGCAUCAGCGAAGCUCAGUUUCAGGCAUGGCUCCGGCAGAAGCUGCAGGACCGAGUGCUUGGCAUGGAGGAAGUGUACAACGACGAGGAACUCCGCAUGGAUUUGCAGAAGCGUCUCCUCGAAGUCACGUUCGUUCAGUCUGGAGUGUUGCCUCUCCUCUUCCAGUCUGUCAUUCUUGGCCGGUCGAGAGAGAGCAGCGUCUCUCUCCUCUGCGCCGUCGUCCACCACGCUCACCCUGGAAAGGCGCUCUCCGUCUUCCGCGAGGAGAUCUCGGCAGCCUGUCUCCCCUGGGUCUCGCGGCUCUCAGAUCUCCUCUACAUGUCCCUCCCGAAGUCGAGAGGUACCCACGCAUCUGGCAAGGUGAACAGUCCUCCGCGGCGUCUGGGGUGUCGCGUCGUGGAGCUCCUCGAACUCUUCAGAGGCAUCGUCGAGCUCAGUCCUGCCUCUGCGCUGCCUCGGGUCUCUCUGAGAGUGUGGAGGAGACUCACCGACUGCUUCUUCGUCUACACCCAGAACACCAUCUUCAUGAGCAAGUGCUUGCCUGUCUUUAAAAAGGUGGCGGACCACGGGAGCAGCUUGCUGCAGCGUCAGGUAUUCGUCCAGUGCAGAUUGCUGGAGCGUCUCGACGCGGCAGUUUCGAGUUUUCGUCGGCGACUGCACAAAAACGCAAACACAACAGAGGGUCUCGGCGCGAUCAUGGAUCUCCUCGUGCAUUUGAAUCACUUUUACCGGAGUUCGGCGGAGAGCCUUGGGUUGUCCGAGGAUGUCCCUGCCCUCUCGUCUUCUUCUUCCUCUGUGUCGUCCACUCCGACGCCCACACACCAGGGGAGCGCACUGGCACUGUCUCCUGGGGGGCGUCUGCUGCAUGCAUCGUCUUUUUCGGCGCUGCCGCUGCUCUCCUCUGCAUCCUCGACUCCUGCGUUUGUCUCUCCCUCGGCGUCGCCGCUCUCACCUUCCUCUCUCUCGCCUGCACUCGGCUGCGCCUCGUAUCCGCCGCAGCCGAUCCUCGCACUCCACCCUGUGCCUCCGACCGUCGACGAGCCUGUCGUUCUGUCUCCUCCAGCGCCCAUGAUGCGAAUGGCGGCCGCAGCGAACUUCGCUGCUGCGCCGGAGUCGCCGGUUCCCGGGAGUCCUCGCCACCCGUCGCUGAGCUUUCUGCGCAGCCGAAAGAGCUCGGGUGAGAGCUGGAGACCUCCCUCGCCGGCGCCGUCUUCAAGUGUCUCCAUCGAGAUCCGCGAGGUCGCCAGCGACAGCUCCGCGCAGGGCCGACCUCAGCGCGCAGGUGGGGAGGCGGGAGAGGGUCGCGACGCACAGUAUGGUGUUGCGAGUGGAGACUCUUCUUCGAGUCUCGGACCUGCUGCUCAGCUCUCCGGAUUCCCUCUACAGCCGCUUCACUCGCAGGUUUCUCUCUCGGGACUUGGGCCGAGGAGUACUGUCUCGAGUGUGAGUCCGCGGACAGCGGGAAGCUCUGCGUCCUUCGCCGCCUUUUUCGCGCCGUCGGCGUCUCUCUCUCCGGCGUUCUCGUCCUUUCUCAACCAAGGCCUCGUCUCGCUCUGCUCCUGCAGCACCUGCAGAGAGGCAGCAGGAGCGACGCUAGGCAUGGCGAUUCCGCCAGUACCUCACGUCCACUGCAGCAGCUGCAGCAGCUGCAGGCAAGGAAGUCGAAGCUCGAGAGGAAGCAGAGGACGCGCGGACGUUUCCGCAGACGCAGACGCCAGGCUCGUGCAGGAGGCCGCGGAAAGCGAAGCGCGAGAAGGCAGUGCCGCGGCCCCACUCCCAGCAGCGAAGGCGGGAGAGACGACAGCCGAGACAGGAAACAAGAGUGGAGAGGGAGGGCAGACAGAGAGAAAGGAAGAGAGGAAAGAGAGGAAGGAAGACGACGAAGAACAAGUGCAAGAAGAAGGAGAAGGUGACCGAAGUUCAGCUGCGACCCCACUCGGCGAUGGCCACAGAGAAGACGACGCGCGAACGGCGAUCAAAGGCGACAGACCGAGUCCGGCUUCCCUAGGUGUACAUCCACCUGGGAAUGGUUCCUUGCGGCUUCCGCGCCGCGGUAGGUCUCCAGACGGAAUCUCUGAGGCACCAGGUGUGGAGCACUCUUAUCUCGUUUCGUCGCGCGCGAAGCCGACCUUCCACGAAAGCGAGGCCACAGCGCAUACGCCUCUUGCUUCACCCGAAGGCGAUCUGCGGGACCUUCUUGAGCGAGAAGGAACAAAGGUUGGAAUGGCCAUCGAGACGAGGGGCUUCAGCCCAGCUGCAGUGUCGCCUUUCUUCGCCUCGCCGCUUGCAUGUUUGUCUCCUUCUUCCGAUCUGUCUCCAGCGAAUGUGGGGGAUCGACAAGGAGACCCUGCGAGCAGAGACCGAGUGUCUCCAUCGUCUCCGUUCCACUCGGCUGCGGACUCCUGCUUCUUCUCUCCCGCUGCAGUGCGACAUGAUCACGAGGCGACGGAGGAGGAAUGCCGGCUGGAGACAUCGUCUGUGCAUUCAUCGCUUUUGUCUCGGUCCACCUCGCCUCCGGCGCGGGCGUCGAGCGAUCCGUUCUCGCAGUCAGGCUGUCCCUUUGCGUCGCCGAGCCCCACAGAGACCCUGGAGGCUGAGAAUGAGAGCAGCGAAGGCGCCUUCUUCUCGUCGCCUGUCGACUUCCUCUCCCCCGUGGCGUCGCCAGUGGUACGCAGAGACCGCUGCAAUCCGCCUCGCCCUGCAGGCGCGUCUGACGCUGACAAACAGGAAACCGUGGGCGAGAGGAAUGGAGGGAGAGCAGACGAUGAAGAAGGCAAAGGCGAUGAAGAAGGCAAAGGCGAUGAAGGAGAAGAAGGCGAGAAGGAAGUCUCCAUGGAAGAAGGAGAGAGGAGAGAGGACGAGAUGUCCCUCGAUCGAGACGGGGACAGGUGGGGGAUGCGGAAUCUCUUCGAGACGGCACUGCAGAGCGGCGAGGCGGCGGCUGACGAGGACCUGCGGAAGGAGACGGGAGACACUGAAGGCUCUUCGCAGGUCUCUGAGAUUCUGGCGAGAGCUGUCGCAGCCGCCGUCUUCGCAGCGCUCCCGAGCAAAGGUCCAGAAGGCAAGCGCGUAUCCCAGGACGGCGAAGGCGAGGCCGACACCACGCGCAUGGACAACGAAGGUGGCAGAAAGCGAGAAGAAAGGAAAGAAAAGGAAGACCACGAACUGCGAGAGAAAGCACACGCAGGAGGAUCAAGAGGAAAACGGCCGUCGUGUACAGAGGAGCUUGAAGUCGUCGGCUCGGAGACAGGUGUCUCUGUGGGAGGAGACGCCUGUUUGUCUCCUUCUCUUGCGUCUGCGUUGAGUUCGCUGCCGGCGUCUUCGGUGCUCGCGAAGGUGGAGCCUGUCUCUUCUCCACCUGCUGCUCUGGGACCCCUCCACCUUCCUCCCUCCGCAUGCAGCCGUUUCGCCUCUGCGUCCGAUCUGCAGGUGUCUCCUCGGCUGCCUGUCUCCUCACCUUCGUCGCCCUCCGCGUCUCGCCUGGCGAGUCCGGCGCGGGCUCGGCGCGGGCUCGCACCGGAGACAGGCGGCAGUCGCUCGUUGGGCUCCAGUUUGGAGCCCGGAGGCGACUCGGCGCCCUGUUGCUGUCCACACAGUCGAAGCGCGACGCGGUGUUGCUGCUACGAGAUUUCGCCUCCCUUUUUCUUCACGACGACUUCAGCUUCUCCGUUUUCUUCUUCUUUCCAGCCAUUCAUGUUCCCCUCUCAAGGCUCUCUCCUGCCGCUCUCUCUCCACAGUGCGUCUUCGGCUGAGUCUUUCGAGCGCGGCGGCGUAUCUGCCUCGGGAGCCUCCGCGUUCUCUUCACCGCUCUUCGUUCCCAACGCCUUCGUUCUCUCCUCGCCCGCGUCUUCGCAGGUUCCUCUCCCCAACUCUGCGAGCAUGCACCCUGCCUCGACGCACUCCAGACUCAGCAGUGCAGGCGGCCUCAGCCGCGACGGCGCAGAGGAAGACGCAGGUGGAAAGUCCUUCCUCAUGCAUCUCCUCCUCUCCUCGAAGAAGUGGAGACGCAUCAGCAAAUUCGUCAGCCUGCAGGCGCGGGGGCCUUGCACCGACAUGUCGAAUCCCUCCAACUUUAUGCCUGUGGAGGAAGCUCGGCGCGUCAAGGAGGAACGGAAGCGCCAGGAGAAGCUGCGCAUGCACAGCGAAGGCCGACAUCGGAAGUCACGGUCGGAGAAGAAACACCGACGCAGAGAGGAGCAGAGACUUUUCUGGCAAGAUCAACAGCGCGAACUGCAAGGCCCGGGGCCGGAGCUCGACCUCUUCAAAGAAGACAUGGAAGAGUUCCAUCACAGCAGUCGCCACCGUCGCCACCACUCUCACGGUCACAAGUGAAGAGACAAACAGUCUGCUUUCUCCCUCAUGGCCUUUCGUCCUCCCCCGCGCUGUUGUACAGUUGUCCUUCUGCGCCUGCUCACCGUCUUCGACGGAAGCGCUAAGCUCCGAUCUUGGACAGUCAUUGACACCGAAAACGCGCAUGCAGAGAGGCCUCUCGCGCGAGAGGGGGGAGGGUGUUCGGAAGAGCAGAAGGAUGGAGAGGAGAGCAGACGUAUAGAGAAGUAGAAGCGAAAAGGCGCAAAGGAGAAGAAGGGAAGCAGAGCCGAGAAGCAAUGCCCACAAGUAAAAGAGACGAAGAGGAAAGGAGAAGCGGAGAAGUCGGAAAAGGAACGAAUGGUGCGUUUCUCACCGUUCCAUGGAAGGGAGUCCGCCGAGGUCGACAGGAAAGAGAGAAGUACUUUCUGACUUUUUGCUGAUUCGAGUAGAGUGAGAGUGAAAUCUGGAGAGGGAAGAGACGCGAAGGAAGAACGGAGUUUUUAUUUCGCUUUGGAGGGCAAGCAUCUGUCGCGAGCUCCCCGCGACUCAGACGUCUGUUGGAAAGCUUCAGCGUUUUCUUGGCUCAGAAAAAACUCCAUUUUAUCGAAACCGUGCAUGUCUUUUGCCGCAACUCUUAAGGCGCUCGACGCGCAGCAGAAAGCGGGAGUGGAAACGCCUGGCGAAGCCUCAAUUUUUUCUAGCUCUUCAGUCGCCCUUUGGGGGCCAAGGAGAACUGUCAACUCACGUAGCUCUUCCACGUGGAUUCGCAUGCGUUCGCUCUCUUUUCACAUGCACUCGCGGC